AUGUCCGACACAGUCGCCAACGGGGCGCAAUCCACCUACAACGAGAAGGAUACCUCCUCCGAUAGCAGCGAUACACACAAUGGCGUUGAUGUUCACCCUGUCGACCUCAAGCCACGCGGGUCCCGCCUCUCCCAGCUGUGGCACUGGGCCCAGGACCGUGACUACCAUGUCUGGGUCAUGAGUCUCGGUUUCCUCCUUCUGUUCACGUCAUACCCAAUCCAGGGCGUGCAGACCAUCCGUUUCCCGGACACGGGAUCGUACAUCCUCAUCGUUCUGUACUCGGCGUACUUUGUGACGUCAAUGUGGGCCACAUUCUUCCUUUCCUGGUGGGGUCUGGAGUUUUGCUUGAUUUGUGGACCCAUUUCGUACGGCACGUGGAUCGCUUGUAUGUUUGCCAACAACAACGCUGCCAACCUCGUCGGAGCUGCAUUCUUUGGCUGGGGUGCUGGCCUCCUGUGGCCUGCGGCUGGUCAACUGAUUGCCACCGUCUCGACACCUCACAACCGCGCCUCCAACGCCGGUAUCUACCAGUGUGCCUUCCAUGUCGGUGUCUGGACCGGUGGCCUUGUGCUGGGUGCCGUUGAAAAAUCACUGUCAAACUACAACGACCAGUACGCCGUCUUCCUCUCGCUGUGUGGCACCUCGGUGAUUUGUUUCGUCAUCCACGCGUGGUCGUUCCGUCGCCGGUUCCGCACCAAGCAGGUCAAGAGCAGCAUUGCCGAGGCUGAGACUGCCGGCCAGAAUGAGGGCAGUGAUGGCGAGAAAGUCCACCGUGUACUGCUGGAUGACGGCACUGUCGAGUACCGCAAGGCCGACAAGAGCACGCUCGUCAAUGAAGACUCGGUCGUCCAAGACAUGGCCCUUAACGGCGCCUCGAGCCACGGCAGCAAGUGGCAGUCUGUCAAGAACAACUUUUGGAAUCCCGUCAAGAUGCUCUGGAACCCAGUGUACGGUCCCCUCGGUCCUGCCAUCUUUGUUACUGGCGGCAUGACCCAGGGCUGGUUCAACGCCUCGUUCAACGUCAUCGUGUACAAGGUUGGCGGUGACUGGAACGGCUGGAUCUACUCCAUCUCCGAGUCGUGGGCCAUUGUCGCAGCCAUUGUCUUUGGACUGUUCUACGACCGCCUGCGCACCAACUACGUCGCCUCGCGUUACCGCUGGGUCAUGUACGUCUACGUUGUGGCGUUUUACUGCAUGUGUGCUCUCGCUCUCGGCACGUACUACCUCGGCGAGAAGGGAAUCGGCUCUGAACCUGGCAUGACCAAGCCGAGUCACUACAAGGUUGCCCUGUCGUUCACAGGCGCAUUCUACAACAUCCAGCUGCUCGCGCUCGAAGUCUCCGUCCUGACGUAUCUCUCAACGUUCCUCACCUACUCGGCCGAUGUGGCGUUCAGCUCCAAGAUUGGCUGCGAGGCUGCGGGUUAUUUGCUCGUUUUCGGCCUCGUCAACGUCCUGUCCCCCAAGUGGAUGAUUGUCGUCCUCUUCUGUGUCGGCCCGCCCUGCCACCUAGUCUUCCUGUUUGGCUGGUGGGCUCCGGAGCGUCCCGUGGCCAUGGUGACCAAGGAGGUGGAGAGCGAGCAGAGCUCAAUUGUAGAGUAG